AUGACUGACGGGAGGCUUUCCGCGGCCGCUGUUCGCCCGGCAGAGCAAUUCGCUCUUCCCCGCGACCGAUCAAAUUCAUUCGAGAAAUUCAGGCCCUCCGACGUUCGCCCUUCAGAACCAUGGCUUGAUGAAGCCAAAGAUACCAAACACCACAUUCGAGACGACGCUAACGAAGAUAACGACGAGAAGAAGUACGACAAGGACGAACACUAUGAGGAUGAAGAUGAAGAGCCGGUUGACCCUUCAGUCAGGGAGGACAUGAAGAGACUGGAGGACACCUUUACAGGAAUAUCGAAAAGAUUUCGUCUAAUCAAUCGAAUCGGUGAAGGAACGUUUUCAACCGUGUACAAAGCAGAGGAUAUACUGUAUGAUCAUUACCAGAACGACUGGAACUCCGAGGAUGAGCUAGACGAGAAGGACUGGAAAAUUCCACCCCCUAAGAAACGCCGUCUUGGUGACAACGUCACGGAAAACUUAUCGAGCAAUGGCAAGAAGAAAAAGAAACCACGAUACGUUGCGCUGAAAAAGAUAUACGUGACGAGCAGUCCGCUUCGAAUCCAAAACGAAUUGGAACUGCUACAUGAUCUACGAGGAAGCACGUCUGUCUGUCCGCUCAUUACGGCUUUCAGACAUCAAGAUCAAGUUGUAGCAGUUCUCCCUUAUUUUCCUCAUACCGACUUUCGGAUUCAAUAUAGGACGUUCAUGGUACGCGACAUGCGCCAUUACUUCCAGUCGUUGUUUACGGCAUUGGCUUUUGUUCAUAAGCAUGGCAUCUUGCAUCGCGACAUAAAACCUACUAACUUUCUGUAUAAUCCCGAGCUGCGACGGGGAGUCUUGGUGGACUUUGGUCUAGCUGAGCGUCAAGGAUCCGACUAUACUGGACCAUGCUUGUGCACCAAUCCUGCACAAGUGCGACAGAUGAGAUUACAAUCCAGCUACUACACAAACCAGCCUGCACAUCAACAAAAUGGCUAUCCCAAAAACGACCCUCGGCCUGCUCGACGAGCAAAUCGAGCCGGGACGCGUGGGUUUCGAGCUCCAGAAGUCUUGUUCAAGUGCACAUCACAAACCACCAAGAUAGAUAUGUGGUCAGCCGGGGUGAUUCUACUCACACUACUGGGCCGUCGAUUCCCAUUCUUCAACUCUGCCGAUGAUGUCGAGGCCCUGAUUGAGAUGGCAAGCAUAUUCGGCGUCCGACGCAUGAAAUAUGCCGCAUCGCUACAUGGACAGAUUUUCGAGACCAACAUUCCUACAAUAGGCGAAAAGGGAUAUGGUUGGGAGAAACUAGUAAUUUGGUCCAGCUGCGUGGAGGAUUUGACCGAGAGUGAGCAGCAGGGAAUCAGACUGCUUUCGGGGUUGAUGGAACUGAAUCCUAAUAAACGACUCAGUGCCAAAGAGGCAUUGCAGCAUGAAUUUUUCACAAACCCUGUUGAACAUGACGUUGAAUGGGGCGGCGAGCUCUUGGACGAGGAAGAGGGCGAAUCUACGGCGGAGCAACAACCUCAGGAGGAUGCCAAGGAUGAGGUUGAUAUGCUCAAAUAG